AUGGAAUCUGUAGUUUGUUUCGUGCUGUUAGCAGUUGUCGGUGUGGCACUUUGUGAUCCCCUUCCACAUUCACGGGGAUGUAUAUACAUUCUGGGAAAGUGUUCUAGAGAAUGUGAAGAGGGUACUCAAGCUUAUACUACUGGAUGUGGUUAUUUGACAAAGGAGGCGAGCUGCGAUGAACCGAAUCCCCAACCAGACACGCGUGGAAAGAUUUGUGACUUUUCUGCUUGCUACUGCGCUCCGCCUACUGUUAGGGACCCUGUAACCAAGAAAUGUGUCCCGCUUGAAGAGUGCACCAAAAAGGAAUAA